AUUUAAUUUUGUUGUCAUCUCCUUCUUCCUCCCUCCUCCUGCAGAACCUAAAACAAAAAUUCAGAUACAAGAGAUCGAGCUUAGGUUUUGCAGAUCUUUGAAGAUUGAAAUUUCAAAAAGUCUUCACCUUUUCGAAGAGGAAGUGGUAAUUGGUUUGGGUUUGUUCACUGUUGAUGUUAUCUUUUGCUCUCUGCUAUGGAGAAGUCUAAUUAUGAAGAAGAACUCACUGAGUCAAAGAGACAGUAUCUCCACAAAUCAGUUGAGAAACUUAAAGCUGAUGUUUCCGAAAUCAUAGCCUACUCCCGUCGAUUGAAGGGUUUGCGUAAGCAUUUUGACACUGUUGAAGCCAAUAUCAACAAGAGGUCUCGAGAACUAGAGUUUAAGGAGAAGCAGCUGCAAAUUUCGAGCUUAGAGCUUGACAAAAAGACUCAAUCUUUUGAAGCAGAAAAGUCUAAAGCUGGUGAUUUGAAGAAGUUGGUGGAAGAGUGCACUGCAGAACUAAGGUCAAAGAGGAAUCAGCUGAGUGAGAAGCAGAAAUCAUCGGCAAGGAUUCAGAGAGAGAUUGAGUUAAGGAGUAGGCAGUUGGAACAGGUCAAGUCUGAGCGUGUGAGGCUUUGCAAUGAGGUUCUUAAGUUUGAAGAACGUAAGAGAGAAGUGAAAGAAGAGACAGGUAGAAAGGCAGAAUAUUUGUCUUUGAUUCUUGACAAGAUUGAAAAAUCUAGCAAGCAGCUUGCGAGCCUAGAUGAACAACUAGAGUCGCAACAGAGACGGCUUGCCACUCGGUCAAUAGAGCUAGUUUCUACGGAGAAGAAGUUGGGAUGUUUGAGGGAAUCCAUCGAGCUUUCCAAUUCUGACCUUGAGCUGAAAGAAAAUAAGAUACAAUUGCUAAACAGUUUCAUAACGGAUUGUAGUAAAACGAUUGACUCGAAAUCCCAAGAAGUGGAGGAAAGACAAAAGUUGAUUGAGAAACAGACCGAUGAGCUUGUUGUGUUGCAGAAUCAGCAUGAUACUAUCAAGCAGUUUAUCGAAGUACUAUCUGAAGAGCUUGCUGCUAAGGAGAAGACACACAAGGAGGUUUUGGAGACUAUCUGCAGAAGCUCCUCUGAAAUGGAAGUAAGGGCUAAAGAGAUUAAAGCAGCAGAGGCUGAAGCAACUUAUUUGAAUGUAAGAUCUGAAAGGUUUAGGAAGGAGGUUGAAGGUAAAGAAAAGGAACUUGAUCUGCUCAAGAAUCAGAUAGAGUCAGAGGAAAAGGAACACAUUCAGCUUAAGCGAGAAAUGGAAGAGGAGACGGAUAGAAAGAAGAGAGUUUUGGCACUGACUCUUGACAAGAUUGAAGGAUCUGGCAAACAGCUUGCAACGGUAGAUGCGCAACUAGGGUCACGAAGGAAACUGCUUAAGAUUCGGUCAGUGGAGUUGUUUUCUGCGAAGAAGAAGUUGGGAUAUGUGAGAAAAUCUAUCAAGAAAUCCAUUUCUGUCCUCGAGCGGAAAGAAACGAUGAUACAUACAUUGAACAACAAGCUAUCAGCUAUUGACUCGAAAUCUGAAGAGUUGGAGGAAAUCAUAAAGCUGAUUGAAAAACAUACCAAUGAGCUUGUUGUCUUGCGUAAUCAGCGUGAUUCUAUCUGGCAGUUAAUCCAGGGACUAUCUGAAGAGCUUGUUGUUAAAGAGAUGGAGUUGGAAUGCGUUGUAGAAUCAAACAACCAUUUCAAAUUUGACAUUGAGGUCAAGGAAAAGAGGGUCCAAUCAUUAAACAGUCUGAUAACGAUCUCAGGCGAACAGCUUGACAUGAAAUCUAAAGAGUUGAAGAAAAUUCAAAGAGAACUUGGGUUGAGUAAGAAACGGCUGAGAAAUAUGAGCACUGUUCUUGUUAAGAAAGAGAAGCAGGCAGCUGCAGCAGAAACUGCACCGGUUAAUGAAGAUGCUCUCACACAUCAUGAAAUCCCAGCAGCUACUCUUUCACGCUCUGAAGUGUCCAGUGUUCUUAGAGAUUUACCUAAUCCAGCAGAAUUUGUUCUGGAAGAAGUGCAGGACCAUCUUAAUGUAGAAUUGGGUUUUCAAGACUCAGUGCUUCAGAUUUUGAUUCUUUCGUUUGAGGAGCUCACAAAAAUUCAACGACCAGAUGAUCCUCAACUGCAGAACAAAGCCGCACAAGUUGCAACUCUGUGGAAAGAGAAGAUAGCUAUCGAAGCUCCAAAAUCAUCUCUCGAGGCCCUGGCCUUUCUUCUGUUCAUUGUGGCAUAUGGAUUAAAGAAUUUGAUCAAUGAAGAAGAAGCUGCUUUACUUGCUUCGUCUAUUGCUCAUUACGAACAGGCUCCAAGACUCUUCAAGUCUCUGCGUCUCAAUACUGAAAUCCGAAAGUUUGUUAAAGAGCUCAUCAAGAAAAACCGAUAUAUUCCUGCAGUCGGGCUUAUAUGUCUGUUUAAGCUUACUGGAGAGCUCUCACCCUCCCAUCUCUUAAGGAAAGAGAUCAUCAAUCUAAGACGGUCUGCCCUGGAGAGUAGACCAACUGAAUCCUCUCAGGCUAAAGACAAAGAUGCUGGAAGAUUGAGAGCUAUACUAGAACUUGUGGCAGAUUAUAAGCUUGAAAUCAAUCUCCCAGGAGACCUCAUCGCCAAGCUCAUGAUUGAAAGAGAAAAUGCAGCCCCUCAAGUUCGUUGCUAUGUAGAGCAUGUCACCUCCUCAUCAAAUCCACAAGCUGCUUCUCCUAAUCCGGUUUCUGCACAACGUUCUCUUAAUCCGGCUUCUGCUCAAAGUUCAAGUGUGAAAUCUUCAAGUUCCUAAAACCUGAGGUUAAAUCUU